AUGGCAUCAAAAUCAAAUGCACCCUCAGGUCUACGCCAGGCCUUUGAUAAGUAUUCUAAAUUUGGUAAAACUCACGCUCAAUUAGCCGAUCACAAUGAGCUGCGCAUCGCGUCGGCUCAAAUUCAGAAAAUGAUGAAAGAUUGCUCGUUAAUCAACACUAAAUAUACAUCACAAUUGUUGGAUAACGAUAUCGCUCGAGUGCUUGGUAAAUUGACAACUGGUUCAUCGGAGCCUGGCGCUCCUCACUAUCCAAAAGGAACGAAAACUUUUGAGAUAAAAGGUUUUAAAUUAUUAAUCGAUCGUAUCGCUGAGUCAAAAGGCAUCAGCGCUGAUGAAGUUCUCGCUAAAAUUAAUCAAAAUGAAGGUCCGAGUUUGACAAAUGUAACCGAAACAAGUAAUAAGGAAAUAACAGGUCGGAUGACAGAUACAUCACAAUACACAGGUUCGCAUAAGGAACGUUUCGAUGAAGAAGGCCAUGGGAAAGGUAAAGAAGGCCGAUCAGAUGAUGUGGAUACGACAGGUUACGUUCAAGGCUUCAAAGGUGGUCACUAA